GAGAGACGACGCCGAUCAUAAAAACAGAAAACUAUUGGAAAACGGAAGCAAGUUAGAUCAAAAGCCAUCGUCUCUUGCUUUCUUCGCCGCAGAUCCAAAUCUAGGCUCGGGAUUUUUCUGAGCUUGUUCUAUCUGGAUAUCCAAUGAAGCAUGUUCUGAAGAUUUUGACAAUACUGGUGGCCAUUUCUGCAUUUUGGAUUGGCCUUUUGCAGGCAUCUAUAGUUCCACGAAGCCAUACUUGGUUGUUACCUAUCUAUUUUAUUGUGUCACUUGGAUGCUAUGGCUUAUUGAUGGUUGGAGUUGGCCUAAUGCGAUUUCCAACUUGUCCUCAAGAAGCAUUGCUGCUGCAGAAGGACAUUGCUGAGGCCAAGGUUUUCUUGAAGCAAAAUGGGGUUGAUGUUGGUUCCGAUUGAUAUUAGGGUUAUAAUUUAUCUCACAAGAGUCAAAGGCCCAAUUCACAGGGUAAUGCUUCAAACUGCAUCAUCAACAGUUCUCUGAACCAAAGCAGUUCUAAGAGAAUGAUAUAUACCAGGAAACGGCUUCAAUAUUUACAUGAUUUCUGUUGAAAAAUUGUUUCAUUGUUCACAGCCAGUCUCUUAUGGUACAUCUUAAUGGAGUCAUUACACACUUACACUUUCCACUUCUAGUUAUUCCAUUUUUCAACCUUACCAGUCCCCACAAUCUUUUGGAAGUAUGGACUUUGCCAAUAUGCAUUAUUCUAGCCGUCCAUGACAUGAAGUAAGUGGGUAUUUCUGCAUGUGCAGUUUUGUGUGUUUUAGGGUAGUUAUGGAAACAACAAAUGUAUUAACUUGUAGUAGGUUGUAAGUGAUUUCAGAAAUAAGGUAAAAAUUGCAUGUUUGAGAGUAAUGAAAAUGAUAAAUGCAUUAAUCUCCA